AAAAGCGCGGGUAACAGUCCUCCAAACAGUCCAAAUUUCCAAAGAAGCCACAACGAGUUAAACGAGUGUAGUUGUUUCUUCGGACUAUUUUUCACACAGCUGCAUUUUUUACCGUGGAAUCACUGGAGCACGCUAAAUUUAUAGUGUUAGUCUAAAAGAAUCGACACAAUGUUCGAGGCUCGUUUGGUACAAAGCGCGAUCCUGAAGAAGGUGUUGGAUGCGGUAAAGGAUCUUCUAACCGAGGCGACUUUCGAAUGUUCUGACUCGGGCAUUCAGGUCCAGGCGAUGGACAACGCACACGUUUCUCUCGUCUCGUUGAAUCUCAGGAGCGAUGGCUUCGACAAAUAUCGUUGCGAUCGAAAUUUAUCAAUGGGGAUGAGCAUUAGUUGUAUGUCAAAGAUAUUGCGAUGCGCUGGUGCAGAAGACACGGUAACCCUCAGAGCAUGGGACAAUCCCGAGUCGGUCGUUUUUAUAUUCGAAUCGCCCAACAAGGAGAAGUUAGCCGAAUAUGAGAUGAAACUGAUUAAUAUGGAUCAAGAACAUUUGGGUAUACCUGAGACUUCAUACUCGUGCGUUGUAAAAAUGCCCACUGCAGAAUUUACCCGUAUAUGUAGGGAUUUGAGCCAAUUUGGAGAAUCUAUAACUUUCGCAUGUUCCAAAGAAGGUAUAAAAUUCAGUGCGUCUGGUGAUUAUGGUUCAGCUAACAUCAAAUUAGCACAGACUGCAGACGCUGAUAAGGAAGAGGAAGCAGUAAUAGUUAAUAUGCAGGAACCAGUAAAAUUAACAUUUUCUUGCCGUUAUCUGAAUUGUUUUGUUAAAGCUGGCCCUCUUUGCAACCAAGUUCAAUUAUCCAUGUCAGACGACGUGCCUCUAGUAUGUGAAUAUAAAAUUGGCGAUAUUGGACACAUCAGGUAUUACCUAGCACCCAAAAUCGACGAUGAGGAAGAAAACUAAAAAUAACGACAGAAAUAGAAUUUAUAUACAUUGAAUUGUAAUUAACGGCACUGUAUUACGUUAUUACUUCUUUGGAAAAUUUUGUCCUAUUAACAUUCGACAUUGUCAUAUUUAUUUCAAUAGAAAAGAAAUUAUUAAUUGGCUUGACAUAAUUACAAAGAGAUGAUACUAUACAUGUAUUUUACUGAUCCAGAAAAUUAAAUAUUCCGUUUUUCGUUAUUUGAUAUUGAGGUACAAGUAAGGCGAAGUUAAAAACACUUUUAAGGUAAUAUAUUUUAAUUUUACAUUUAAAAGUUAUUUGGCUCGUCACAGUGCUAGCGCAAUGCAGAAUUGACACUAAAAUUUAUAGUAGAGUGACACAAUGAUUAGUAUAGCAAAAUGGUGUCAUCCUCUUAAUCAAUAUUCACAUUAUUAAUGUUUCAGAAACUGUGACAAUAUUUUGAUAAUAUCGCAUUGUUCUUUUUUUUUUAUAUGUAAGAAGAACUCAAUAUAUUUUCAAAAAAUUUGA